GUCCUUCCAGUUAUAAUGCCUCCCUCAGCUCUUGACCGCCUCGCAUCUUUACAGAUCGACUACCCUAUGUUGUUUGAACUUAACAAUCCUACUGUUGACCGAGUUACUCAUUGUGGGGUUUUGGAAUUUGUUGCUGAUGAGGGCCUAAUCUAUUUACCUUACUGGAUGAUGGAGAACAUGCUCCUUCAAGAGGGAGACAUUUGUCAAGUGAAAAACAAAAGCCUUGUAAAGGGAACAUAUGUGAAGUUGCAGCCCCACACCAAGGACUUUCUUGAUAUCUCAAAUCCCAAAGCCAUUUUGGAGACUACAUUGAGGAGCUACUCUUGUUUAACCACUGGUGACACUAUCAUGGUUCCUUAUAACAAUAAGAAGUAUUACAUCAACAUAGUUGAAACAAAACCCUCCUCUGCAAUCAGUAUAAUUGAGACGGACUGUGAGGUUGAUUUUGCCCCUCCUCUUGAUUAUGUGGAACCAGAGAAACCAGCACCUACUACUUCGUCAAAGAAGAGACUACUAGAAGCCGAAGAAGAACCACCUGAAAAGAUAGCAAAAUUCAGUCCCUUUACUGGUUCAGGAAAACGACUGGAUGGGAAACCCUUGACACAAUCAGUUGCACCAGUUUCCUCUCCCAUACUCAAGCAGCACCAACUGAAGAGUGAAAAUGGAACCAAGGGUUCGAAGUCGUCAACUUGUGCUGCACGUCAACACUCUGGAAAGCUUGUGUUUGGUUCGAAUGUCAACCAGCGCACAAAUGAAACCCCAAAAGUUGCCCCAAAGAACAGCAGGCAAGAGCCUUCUCAGAAGGCAGAAGAUCCUUCUCAGAAGACAGAUGAGCCAAAGUUCCAAGCAUUCACGGGGAAGAAGUAUUCACUGAAGGGGUGAAGUUAAAGGCAUAUCCUUCAUCCAAAGCGAAAAAAAAAAAAAGAGAAGGCAUUUAUUCCAUCAAUUCUUUUUUAGAUGAAACAGUCAAGUGAUUGUGGCAAUGGAAGUUCCAACCCCAGAAAGUGUUAUGCACAUGAAUGAUGCUUUUUGUCUUUGUGUAAAUAUCCAUAUGAACUAGAAGUUGGUAUGAAAUGACAAUUCAAACAUACCUUCCAUGUCGUACAGAUUAUGUGGAAUUUUGUUCAUAUAUUUAUAAUAUAUCUUUAUUUUCUUGAA